AUGCCAGAAUCUAGCACUGCAGUUGAAGAAGCCAUGGUGGAGCAGGGGUCGGACAUGGCCAUGGCCAAACGAGUGUUGCGCAAGAUCGACAUGCGACUCGUGCCUUUGUUAUUUUUCACAUAUAUGCUGAAUUUCAUGGACAAGACCAUUCUUUCCAGUGCUUCUGUCUUUGGUCUAACUGAGGACACGGGCCUGGUGGGGCAACAGUACAGCUGGGUAUCCUCAAUCUUCUACUUUGGCUAUUUGGCAUGGGCAUACCCAACUACCUUGCUCAUUACUCGCCUGCCAACGGCUAAAUAUUUGACUGCCAAUACCCUGUUCUGGGGUGCUGUAGUUGCGCUCACUGCGGCUUGUACAAACUUUGGCGGCCUCAUGACGGUUCGCUUCCUCCUCGGAGUCGCUGAGGCAACUAUUACUCCGGCAUUUAUGUUUAUCACGUCGACUUGGUAUACGCGUGAUGAGAUCCCGACACGGACGGGCAUGUGGUUUGCUGGAAAUAGCGUCGGCGGAAUUGCGGCUAGCCUUAUUGCGUAUGGCCUAGGACAUGUCGAUGACCAUGUCAGGCCCUGGAGAUGGAUGUUCAUCAUCCUCGGUAUCCUUACUUUUCUCUGGGGAUUCGCUAUCUGGAUGUUGCUCCCAGAUUCCAUUUCGACCGCGAAGUUCCUCACAGAAGAGGAGCGUCAGUUCGCAGCUAAUCGAGUCGUCAUUGCUGGAACCGGUGCGACCGAAAAGACUGCAUGGAGGUGGGAUCAGGUCGUCGAAUGCCUCAUGGACCCAAAGACCUGGCUUAUUUUCGGGCUGGAAAUUCUCACACAAAUUCCCAAUGGAGGCACCCAGAACUUUGCCAACCUCGUGAUCAAGUCCUUUGGAUUUACGAGUCUGCAGUCGACGCUGAUUACAAUUCCCUAUUCUCUUAUAACUGUCGCUGCAAUUACCGGCUCUGGUUGGCUUGCUGGUCGGUUUCGCCAAAUGAACUGUCUGUUGAUUAUUGCAGUCAUUCUUCCAUGUGUGAUUGGCAGUGCGAUCAUCUACUCCCGUGCUCACGUUGUGCAUGGUGUUCAACUAUUCGGGUAUUUCCUACUGUCAACUGGCCCGGCCGCGAUGCCACUCGCAAUGUCGCUGGUGCAGGCGAACUACCGUGGAGUGACGAAGAAAAUGACAAUGACCGCUUUGCUGUUCCUAGCAUACUGCGCAGGAAACAUCUCGGGACCCCAGUUCUUUCUCAGUCGUGAAGCCCCCACAUAUGACACAGCAUUCCGCACAAUUAUGAUCUGCUAUGCGUUGGCUGUGCUUUUGGCCCUGUGUCUACGCUUCUACUUGCAAUGGAUGAAUGCUCGUCGCGUGAGAGCAGAGGGAUUCGAAGGAAGUGCGGGAAAUGCAGGCGCAGUUGGUGGUGGUAAAGUCGUGGAUGUUGAUCCGAACGCAAAGAAUGUUGGACAGAUGGUAAAUCAGGUUCAAUUGGUAUCGAAUGACUACGAGGAUAUCACGGACUGGAAAACGCCUGGGUUUAGGUAUCGAUUUUGA